AUGAAGCUUUCCGUAGCGAUUUUCGCUUCUGCAUCAGCUUCUGUUUUUAUUCAUCCCGAUGUUCGGACACGACUACGUGCUAACAACCUUGAGAACGAAAACAAAUCAAACGAGUGCUUCUUGAGCUGCGUUGUCGAUCUGAUAAGAAAGGACAUCCAAUGCCAGUUCGAAUUCGAGUGGGAAACUGAGGACUACUAUCGAUGCAUGGAAGCACCCGUUCAAGAAUUUGAGGAGUGCGUCCUUGCUGAUGGAUGUGUUGAAGCUGAUGGAACCUGCAUCCUCCGAUGCGCCCCCAUUCUCGAGGAAGAUCUCAAAGCAUGUGAAGAUGGCUACGAGUCUGGUGAACUAAACUACCUUGAGUUCGUUAUUUGCACAAAUGAAGCUUCGUUCGAUUUCUCAAAUUGCUGGGAUGUCUGCACUUGCGAAAUGCCCUGGUGCAACUGUAUUCCUCCAAGCUUAGAAGAAAAGAAGACCUUCGCCCCCUUUGAGGUCAUCUGUUACCCAGAUCAAGAAUAG